AUGGCAGGAAGUGAGAACAAAAGCAGAGUUUUCCUCAGCAUAAUUCGAAAAGUGAACAUUGCUGAGGAGUUAGAAAAAGGAUUACCUGUAAAAACAUUAAGUGGUAGGAUAUGGAGUGUCGCGGGAUAUCUAGAGAAUAAAUUAUACACGUGGUUUUUGGAGCAACGGGCAAUGGGGAAUCCAAUCAAUGAUUUGCUGUUACAAGAAAAAAGGAAUCAAUUAUUAAGACAAGGAAGUGCAGACGUGGAAAGUGCGGAAGAUUAUGUUACAGUUACAUCAUUCGUGAACCGAUUGGUGGAAGAGGACAUCGACGCGAAUAGAAUUUACAACAUGAAUGAAACAGGCCCAUUGUGGAAGACGGUUCCAUCGAAAUCCUUAGUAUCAAAUGAAGAAGGAACAUUGACGGGGAAAAAAAAUAAGGAAGGACAGAAUAUCUAUUGGACUACGCAGGCAUGGAUGAUUGGCGACAUUUUUAGAGAAUGGUACGAAAAUUGCUUCAAAACGAGUGUUCAGCAAUACCACUUAGAGCAGGGAAUAUCAGGUAAAGUAAUAUUGUGCGUGGACAAUUGUUCCAGUCAUCGAGGAAUUGAAAACGAAGAUAAUUUUGAACUUAUUUAUCUGCUACCGAACACAACGUCAUUAAUUCAGCCCAUGGACCAAAGCGUAAUUGCCAAAUUUAAAGUAUUGUACCGCCAUAAAGUCCUCCGUCGUAUUUUACAAUAUGAGAACGGUGCAACCGAUUUUUAUAGAUUAUUUAACAUUAAAGAGUGUAUUAAUUUUGUGGAAGAAGCAUGGAUGAAUAUUACGCCUAAUAAUAUAAAAAAUAGUUGGAACAAAAUUCUUGGACUGGAUGGAAGGGAAGGGGGGAUCGAAGAAAACGAAAAUGCACAGGAAUUAGAUGUUUCGAUUCAUUCAGCUCUUAGUGAUGUUAUACACACGAUUAGCGGGGAAAGUAUCACUUAUGAAGAAUGUCAAGAAAUGUUAGAAGCCUUGAACUGA